AUGUUCGACGGCUUCUACUUGACAAGAGGCCACUACUCCAACAAUUCUUCUGCCACCAUGCAUGACGCUAAGACCAGUAACAUCAUCGGCUAUGCACAUCGCACUAAACGGGGACAGGAUGCCAACUGGGAGGGGACAUCUGAUGGCGCAGAGGGGAACAUGCUUGACGAGAUUCUUGCCGAUUUGAUAGAAAACGAGUGUAUGACCAUCAAGAAAGCGAUCAUUGAUAAAGACGCCUCUUGCCAAGAGAUUAUUCUUACAAUAAGCCCGGAGACAGAGAUAGUGUUUUAUGGUAACCACACAGCGAAAACAUUCCAUACGGACUUGGAAUGA